UUCUCCUCGGGGGCCGGGGUGGCAGGAGAGUGUGACUCUGCCCGGCGCUGAAGGGGAAAUGUGCGAUGACACCUUUGCUGCUUGCCAGCGCGGUAGUGGAAACCCGGCAUGGCCAGGAGCAGAGGCGAGUCAGGGCUACGUUACGGCGGCUCUGCGUUAAAGGCAACCCGAAUGUGCCCCUGCGAAACUUCCCUCCCAGACAGGUUCAGCAGGAUCCCUCCGAGUGCUCGGCGAUUUCUCUGCCUGCCCCCAGUCACCGCCAAGCUGCUCCAAGCCUCGAUGGGUGGGGCUUGGGUUUGUCAGCUGGGCCCGUGAGGCGCCGGCUUGGGUAGCCACUCACUGUCCCCUCCGCUUUCGCUUGAGAGUCAUACUUCCCAGAUUCUCUCAGGCCGCUCGGUGAGGUGCCUUCUGGCGCUCCUCAGUUGUUUUCAGUUAGCAAGAGGGAGGUGUGGGAAGAGAGAGAACUAGUUGAUGCAGCUGCUCGAAAAAUUUCAGACCAAACUUUUUUUUGGGGGGGGGUCAAAAAAUGGUACAAAGAAACAGUUAUGAAAAAUUGUUCAACUUUCUGAAUUUUUCAUGCAACCCUUCAAAAAAAACCCCCACAAGAACGUUUUUGAGAAGCGGCAAAACUGAAACUAUGAACCCUGUCAUAUGGAGGCAACAAUGGUUUUCCACAAGCUCAAUUGGGCUUCAGACUCAAUGAACUGGUACAGUUCUAGAGAGUGCAUGGGAUGUUGUUAACGUGGUCUCUUCUGAUAUAAGGCCUGUCAAAGUGGCAGUAUUCUAUUUGUUUUCAAUAUUAUUGUAAAGAGCUGUACAUUACUCUUAGAACAGAGGUUUAUUAUAACACUGAUUCAUUCAAACUGUUUGAUUAUGAGGGAAGAGGAGGAAGUAGUUUUAAGUUAUUUAAAAGCCCUUGCUCACUAUCCCUUUCUCCAACCCGUACCUGGACUUGUAAAAGUUCAUGGAGUGUUGCUCAACAGCAAGCUGGUUUGUGGGAGGGGUUUGGCUGCGGUGGCAGAGUUAAAAUUUACUUAGGAUUUUCCAUUUAAAAAAAGUAAAUUUCUUCCAUUAAAGUUUUUGCAGUGAUGAAUGCAUCCUAGACAUGUUAUGUUAAAGUUAAAGGGAUUUUUUGUUACUGGCAAUGCUGUGGUAUUAACCCGUUUUCCUUCAGGUCUGCUUUUACAUUCUGUUUGCCCAAAAUUGCAUGCUUUUCAUGCAUAUUGAUUUCCUUUUACACAGUUUAAAUGUAUGCUGAUAUCAUUUGCAGUAGAGAUUUCUAAUAUUAUGUACAUGAAUCUGACAUACUACAGCCAUUUGCCCAGAGAGUGUUUUUGAAGCUCUUAGAGGAAACUAUAACGUAACCACUUUGCAGUUCAAAGAUUGUAUUGGUCCUAAAAUACAAUGGUCAUUUAAUUUUCAGGCAGGAGUAAUGGAAGUGACUAUGCAAGAUGACCCAAACUCUGUCUAGUUCUUCGGGGCUCCCAAAGCAAUAUACAAACAUUAAUUCUUUGAGUACCAUUAGGAAAACAUGAACCCUGUUCUGUAGAUUGGAGAUGCGGGUCAAAACAAGAAAGUUAAGUCACUUUCCCAGAGUUGCAAAGCAAAUCUGUGGCAGAGCUAGGACUAGCGAACCCAAAAGACUUGACUGCAUGUUUCCUGCUUUAACCAGUAGGCUACUAUUUAAUGGGAUUUUUACUCACGAAAGCUUAUGCCCAAAUAAAUCUGUUAGUCUUUAAGGUGCCACCAGACUCCUUGUUGUUUUUGUAGAUACAGACUAACACGGCUACCCCCUGAUACAUAUUUAAUGAGAUGUUGCAUUGCUAUAAGAAUUGUCUUGUUCAGCAGUAAAACUGUGCCAUUUGCAGUAUAUGGCAUGAGAGAACUAGACUUGUGAUGAGAUGUAGCCCUAACAGUUUGCCAUGUUGAUCAUAAAUUAAUUAGGAGUAAAGUCAAUAUUGGGAAUAGCAUUAGCAACAACCCUUGGAAUUGUCAGUAUCCAUUUCCAGACUCUUUAUUUAUCAGAUUCAGAAAACAAACGUCCUUUCACUAUAUUAAAACAAACAAACAAAUAAAUAACCUGGGCACAGGCAUAAUAAACUGAAUACAAGUUCCAUAUGUUUUUGGUUUUUUACUGACCAUUUGAUACUGUCUGUUGCUUUAAUUUAUAUAAUGUACAGCAAAUGUAUGACGUUCUGUAGCUUUCUGCUGUAUAAAACAUUAAAGAAAAUUGUAGUUGUAUGUACUUCUGCAUUUACAGAUUGCAUAUUUAAAGCAACUCUUCCUGUUAUGUUUCCUGCGUAAAGAAAGAAAUUUUUAAACCAAGUCAGAACAAUUGCGCUGUGCUGUGUUGAAACCUACUUUGAUUCCUCUGAGAAUCAAUUUACCAAUUGACAACUGUUCAUCCGCCUCUUGAGCUACUAUAUUCUCUUGCUUUCAGCAAGAACGCUUAUUUUUACCAAUUGGACCAAGAUGACUGAUGUAAAUGUAUCCAACUCCUUAAAUGGUUUGAGUUUGAUGGGAAUUCUGGACACCAAAGUGGGCAACAGUAUCCAGAAUCUUCAAAACUUGAAUUCAAGGGCUCCGAGAGUGCUCUCUUUGCCUGAGUAUGGACCUAGCCAGCACUCUAGUGCUUUAGAAGAUAGCCGUAGCCUUAAAUCUGUAGAUUCUGGUAUUCCAACUCUAGAAAUAGGGAAUCCGGAGCCUGUUCACUGCAGUGUGUUAAAUGUGAAGAGAAAACAGUCUGAGUCUGAAAUCAUGCCCGAGAGAACUUUUCAGAAUGCAUGCAUGCUGCUGUCUUAUGUGCCUCCACUUUCUUUGAAUGCUGAACAUGAACACAAUGUACGAAAAUCCUCAACUUUUCCAAGAACUGGAUACGACACAGUGAAACUAUAUAGUCCAACUUCCAAAGCUCUGAACCGAAGUGAUGAUAUCUCUGUCUGUAGUGUGUCUAGUCUCAGCACAGAACUGUCAACAACUUUAUCUGUUAGCAAUGAAGACAUUUUGGACUUCAUGGUCACAAGCAGCUCAAGUGCAAUAGUGACCCUGGAGACUGAUGAAGCGCAGUUUUCAGAUGUUACACUGAAUUCCACUAAGGAGACCAAUGAUCAAAGCCAGCAGGCGUGUUGUCAAGAAGCAGAUGUGGACAGUAAGUUGAAAAUAUUGGGACCCUUCACUAGCUUCUUUGCCAGGAAUUUGUUUACUAGAAAACAAAACACAAGACUGGAGAAACAAAAUGAUUUGGGCUGGAAGUUAUUUGGAAAAGUACCUCUGAGAGAGAAUUCACAGAAAGAUCCAAAGAGAAUACAGAAGGAAUAUGAAGAAAAAACUGGACGAGCUCACAAGCCACUCUCUCCUAAACAGAAUGUGAGGAAAAAUCUUGACUUUGAACCCCUUUCCACCACAGCGCUUAUUCUAGAAGACAGGCCAGCGAACCUCCCUGCAAAACCAGCAGAAGAAGCACAGAAACAUAGACAACAGUACGAAGAAAUGGUGGUGCAAGCAAAAAAAAGAGAGCUUAAAGAAGCCCAGAGGAGAAAGAAACAACUGGAAGAACGAUGUAGACUGGAAGAAAGCAUUGGCAAUGCAGUUUUAAUUUGGAACAAUGAAAUCUUACCCAACUGGGAAACAAUGUGCUGCUCCCGUAAAGUUCGAGAAUUGUGGUGGCAAGGUAUUCCUCCAAGCGUGAGAGGCAAAGUCUGGAGCUUGGCAAUCGGCAAUGAGUUAAAUAUCACCCAUGAACUCUAUGAUAUUUGCUUGGCUCGUGCCAAAGAGAGGUGGCGAUCACUUAGCACAGGAGGCUCUGAAGGAGAAUGUGAAGAUGCUGGAUUUUCUGCAGCAGACAGGGAAGCAAGUCUGGAAUUAAUAAAACUGGAUAUUUCUAGAACAUUUCCCAAUCUCUGUAUUUUCCAGCAAGGUGGUCCUUACCAUGACACAUUGCACAGUAUUUUAGGCGCCUAUACGUGUUACAGACCUGAUGUUGGCUAUGUUCAGGGCAUGUCCUUCAUAGCUGCAGUGUUGAUCUUGAAUUUGGAUACUGCAGAUGCCUUCAUUGCUUUUUCUAACCUUCUGAAUAAACCCUGUCAGAUGGCAUUUUUUCGAGUGGACCAUGGCCUUAUGUUGACCUAUUUUGCAGCAUUUGAGGUAUUCUUUGAGGAAAAUCUGCCAAAGUUGUUUGCUCACUUCAAAAAAAAUAACUUGACUCCUGACAUCUAUCUUAUUGAUUGGAUAUUCACAUUGUACAGCAAGUCUUUGCCACUAGACCUUGCAUGUCGUGUCUGGGAUGUGUUCUGCCGGGAUGGAGAGGAGUUCCUAUUCCGUACAGCCUUGGGAAUAUUAAGACUUUUUGAAGAUAUUUUGACCAAAAUGGACUUUAUUCACAUAGCCCAGUUCCUAACAAAGUUACCAGAGGACUUGCCUUCAGAAGAAUUCUUCACAUCUAUUGCUGCGAUUCAGAUGCAAAGUAGAAACAAAAAGUGGGCUCAGGUACUGGUUGCACUGCAAAAAGACAACCGGGAAGUGGAAAGAGGAAGCCCUUCACUCAAACACUGAAACUAUGGUUGCCUCAAAUUGACAUUCAAGGGAAAAGAAUCUGAAGUGGCAAAUGUAUGUCAGGAUGAACUCAAUACGUAGAGCUGCAAAUAAGUGUGUUGUUUUGAGUUUUGUUUAGCACUGGAAUUGGCCUUAAAGAAAAAAAUGUAAAAGAAAAACUUUUUAAGUAACAAAACCAAGGCUUAGCCUUAAGAAGCUUACUAGAAUGAGUGUUUGCAGUGGACAGCAUUAUACAUUCUGCACUUUUAACGAAGGCAAUGAAACCAGGCAAUUUUAAGCUUGCCUUUUUUUAAUUUCAGUAUAAGUAUUUUUUAAAUACUGGUAAUUGGUAACAGUGUGAGUUGCUUUGAAAGCUACUCCCCAGUUUGAUUCUUAACCAGAAUAUACAUGCAUAAGAGUAGGUGGAUUUGGAGAACCUGUUCAGUAACUGGUGCUGGAGUUUAUAGUUAGUGAGGUAAGGAUCACUUUCUUAGAAAUGUCCCCUAUUUUUAAAAGCUAUAGGCCUCAUUUACCAAAGAGACUGUUAAAGUAAAAUAGAACUACAUUCCAUCCCAUUAACUGAAAACAAAGACCAAACAAAAACACCAUGGUAAGUAGAAAAUACACUUAAAAACUAGGGAGGGAGGAGUCAGACUAGCAGUACAGCAACAGAGUCCAUUUUCAACCUGCAUUGCAACAGUGUUUCCCAAUAUAGAUGCAUUGGGAAAGUGCCACAUUAAUCCCACUGGAUACUAAGCUCUCCAAGGGAUGAUCUGUAGUAUUACUAUAGCAUUAUUUCCCAUUGGCUCACUCCCAUGCCCCUAUUGAACAGAAGUAAGAUGCUAGUAAAUGGUAAUUAGCAAGUGAGGUUUGCUGGGGAAAGUGUCAAGAAAUGGUAAUUCGCUAAAGGGAUGAGUAAAAUUCAUCCAUUGAUCUAGUUCUUUUUGAGGAUAGUGGUGUUUUUAAGACCAGCCUGUACCACACGGUACUACGCUUGAGCAAGUUACGCAGAUGGCAAACUGCAGUUGCAUAUUUCCGUUAUACAGCUAAAAUUUUCUCUGCCUUCAUCAACUGAAUGUUUGAUUGUAAAUCAUAAGUGUCCAUGAUUUACAUUAUACACUAUACAAAAAACUGCGUGGGAUAAAUUGCUUUAUAAAUAAUAUGAAUUUCAACACUGAAAAGGGAAAAUAACUGAAGCAAUAUGCAUUUGAUAGCUGUAAAUGGGAAUUUCUGAAUCCUCUUUAGCUUUGGAUUUUAUGUUCACAAUCACCCUACAGUCUGUCUUUAUGCUGACUGCUCUAAUGUUGUCUGAAACACAAGUAUAGAUGAGAGAGAACCUGAGCUAACACAACUGAAAUAAAAGUGGAAGUAUACUUGCACACACUAUUGAAUUCCAAGCACAUACAGCAUAUAAUGUAAAGUGUCUAUAGGAUACAUGCAAAAUACUAUCCAUUAGUGAAGUAAUAUAUUUUCCUUAAGUGGCAUUUUGACCAUAAUCUUUAAAAAGACUCAAAUGCAACUAUGAUUUUUCUAAAUAAGUGCUUCAGGAUUCUGUCACUUCAAAGAGAAUGUAAUACAAAUGCAGCUUGUAAGUCUGUUACCUCUUUGGCCUCUCUUCCCCUUCUGCACUUUGUAUACCUACCAUAAUUAGCUACUUAGCUUAUUUCUGGUGCUGGCCAUUAAUUUCUUCAGUAACUGGCAGCAUAGUAAACAUUCUAGUGAAGGUAAAUGUCCAGGCAUCAGAAUGGCAUUUCCUUUCUCUCAUCAGAAAUUGCUUAGCUUUGGUCCUUUCAUGACUGGCAUUGACAUUGCAGAUGCUAUGAAGUGCAAUAGAAAGUUGGAAAGUCGGUACCUUUUGAUCUACAUUAUCUUUUUAAUAUCACAGAUAUGCCUUUUUUGUGAAGGUGUAUAGAGGCCUAACAUCCAGAACAUUUGCACUAUAAAUUUACGUACUAUACAUUACGUAUUUAUGUAGACCAACUUUAUCCUCCGUAUACAUCCAGUUAGAUGGUACUGUAGCUGGCUUUGAAACUGUAACUUAGUCUUCAUUACAACUUGAUUUGUAGGUCCUUUUUAAAUCAAGUGUCAGGACACGGUUCACCUACCUUAUUGGAAUACAGUGUUUGCCACUGGACAUAUAGCAGCCAUCCCCAAUCGGUCUCAUUUUGCCCCUCAUCUAAUCGGAUAUUUAAUGUUAACACUGAAAAUGGGCUUGGUUGUGGAAAAAGGCCUGCUGCAGCACUUGUGCACUGUUUGUUACUUGCAGAUGUAAUUAUUUUGUUCUGUGAUUGAUUUUUUUGUUUUGUUUUUUCUUAGAUGUAUAUAUUUUCUAAUUGAUUUAUUUGUGUACAUAAAGGUAUGUUCUUUAAGUAAUGAAGAAAAGCAAUGCAAUAAGGAGCUUUGCACAGUUUAUUUUAAAAUAAAACCCUGUAUUUGGGAAAACUUUUCACCUGCCUAAAGAUGCAGUUUAAGCUUUUCAGUAUACUUGAUUUGAAAAUACGCUUGAAUUUUGAUAAUGCUGUUGAGAUGUAUAAUGGAAUAGGAUUACUUGCCACUAUAGCUUUUUAAUUUUCUGACCGCAUACCAAAUAUCUUAAUUAGCUAUUAAGGAAGAUUUUCAUACUUAAAUUCAGGGAUUGCAUACCAGAUUUUGCCAUCUUGAUUUUAUUGUUCAGGGGUACGUGUAAAAUGCAUUGAGAUUUCCCUAUUCUCCAUCAAAACAGAGAGCUGUUCUUUUUUCCCCCUAACGGGUUUUAAAAAAAAUGAAAAUGCUGCAAUAAUUUAGAAGUCUGCAACUUUCACUUUACAUGCAGCAAAUAAGAGAAACUAGGAAGACUGCACCCUGGUUUGGGAUUUUGUGCAACCUGCACUUUACAGUAAAACAAAAUAUUUUGCAUCUUCAAUCAGUAAUAGUCAAAAUGUAUCAUUUAGUAAAGAAUAUCAUUUUGAAAGGUACUUUAUAAUGGCUUCUAUUUUUGAAUGUUUUAAAUACUAGAACGAUAUGUAAAGAACUAUUGACACUCUCUGUAUAUCAUGUUUGGUUUUAUGUACAAUUAUCAAUUUUUGUUUAGGUAAGGGUAUCAAAUGAACUUUUUUGAACUGUAAAUAUGGUUUUAUUAAAGUCAUGUAAAGUUACCUAGAUCACACUGUGUCAAUUACAGUGUAAUCCAGGCCGAA